GUAAGUUUUGACAUGUCAUGGGUGUGUGAGAUAAUACUAAAGUAGAAUGAUUCACAUGUGGUCCAGGAUACACCCCAUCUUGGAAUGCUUAGCAGCCUGCAGACAAAGAAACCUGUUGUGCACGGAAAAAAAUAUAUACUUAGGAGUGUGUUCACCUGUGCAUGUGUUCAAAGUUGGGAGUGGUGACACAGGUAGUUCCCUGAGACUGCGAGCCUCACCUGAGCAGGCAGCUUUUAGUAGUCGACUGGGAGCUGACAUGUACUGAAAUUCUGUGGAUGAGGGACGUAAUCCAGUGCCAAGUGAGAAAAAACAGAGCACUCUGAGAAGACAAUACACGAACACAGCAUCAAAGACCUCACACAGCUAACUAUGAGUGAACACUUGCAAGGGAACCGCUACAGGUCCUCGCCCCCAGAGCUGAGGCUUAUUCUCUUGGGGAACCUUGGAUGUGGAAAGACGUCAUCAGCAGACACUAUCCUGGAGCAACUGUCCCCCAUCUCUCCCGCUGCCUCCAGGAGCUGCCAGCUGCGACAGGGUGUCUCUGAGGGCAGGAAUGUGACCCUGGUGGAGGCGCCGAGAUGGUACUGGAACGGUGGGAAGAUGGAGGACAGUGUCAGGAAGGAGACAGAGCGAGCAAUGACUCUGGUAGCACCUGGUCCACAUGGUAUUUUGCUGCUGGUGCCAGUUAGCCAGUUCACAGAGAUGGAGGGUUGUGUGCCUGCAGAGCUGGAGGAGGUGUUUGGGAAGGAGUCACUGGAUCACACCCUGGUCCUGCUGACGUGCGGGGACUACUUGAUGGGAAGAACAGUGGAGGAAUACCUACAGAAGGAACACCCAGGCCUCAGGCAGGUCAUUGGGCGGUGUGGGGGGAGGUACCAUGUCAUCAAUAAUCGCCAGCGACAGGACAGGGAGCAGGUCCAGGAGCUGUUGGAGAAGGUGGAGAAGAUGGUGCAACAAAAUGGGGUAUACCACAUGAAAACAGUCCAGGAGAGAGAGCUGGAGAAACGAGUGAAGGAGAGAAAACGAGAACUUAUGGAAAGUUACAGAGCUCAAAAGGAAGAAAGAAGAGAGGCGGUCUCAUCAAAGUGCAUCCCGAACACAGAAACACAGAGGAGUGUCGAUAGAAGAGAGGAGUACAGCACCAUGUUGGAGAAUAGCAGACGACAAGAGAGGGAUGAGAUGGAAGGAAGAGUGGGUUUAAGUCAAGUGUCUAAUGGGCUUCAUUCAGCUCCAGCACCAGAGCCACAGUCAGAUUCAGAGCUGCAUGAUGACAGGCUCAUGAAGAGGACGCCCAGUUUCAGACUAAAUGCAGAUGGAGCUAUACUCUCACAAAUGUCUGAGGUUAAAUCAACUCCGAAAAAGACUGCUACUUUUCAUCACAGAAUCAACAGCUUUGAAGAGAGAUCCCCUGUGCCGUCUCCUACUUCUGCUCCUCAUUCGCCCGUCUUCUCGUCCUCCCCCUCCUCUCCAACCUCUGCUGUGUCUCCUUCCUCAUUCCCCACAUCAUCCUCGCCCUCCUCACUCUCCUCACCCUCCUCGUCCUCUCCAGAGCUGCGUCUGGUGCUGCUCGGACGAUCUGGAGCGGGGAAGAGUGCAGCUGGCAACAUCAUCCUGGGGCGGGAAGAGUUUGAGUCACACCCGGGCAGCCUCACAGCCAUCACUCAGGAGUGUGAGAAAAAGAAAGCAGUGGUUGAAGGAAGAAGGGUGGCGGUGGUGGAUACCCCAGACUGGUUCAAUUCAGAGCGUACUCCAGAUGAGGUGCGAGCUCAGAUCUCCUCCUGUGUUGCUUUGUCCAGUCCUGGUCCCCAUGUCUUCCUCCUGUGCGUCCCCGUAGACCAGCCUGCAAAGGCUGAGCUUCAGGUGCUCAGGGCCCUCGAAAAUGUUUUUGGCCUGGAGGCAGUCCAGAGACACACUCUGGUCCUCUUUACUUACUCAGAUCGGCUGAGGGCGAGUGGAAAGGCGGGACACAACAGCGUGGAGGCCUACAUUGCGAGUCAGCGGGGGGAUUUAUUAAACCUUGUGGAGAAAUGCCAGGACAGGUUUCAUGUGAUGGAGAGUGGAGGAGUUGGGGAGGGAAGGAGUAAUGUGGUGGAGCUAUUAGAAAAGGUGGAGCAGACAGUGAAGGAGGCUGGAGGACAGAGUUAUUCUUGUCCUGCUUUUCAGGAGGCGGAGAGCCGAGUGAGGCAGAGACAGGUAGAGAUAGCAAGGGAGAAAAGAGGCAAGAAGCUAGAGCAAGAAAAACUAGGAGACGCUGGACGGCCCAGCUCUGAGAGGCGGGCACUCUAUCCCUACAUGCAGCCUGUGGCUGAGGCAGAAGAGGAAGUGAGAGAAGAUGAGAUUGAGAAAACAAGGGAUGAGGCAGAGAUGAGCGUAAGCACCAUGAGUAUCGAGAGCCUUCCUCCUAUUACGUUGUCGAGCUUGUCCCCUUCACUCUUUCGUUCACUUAUGGAGCAAAUGGAGUCUAGUGCAAAAAGGUUACCCAGACUGUUGGCAGACAGCUCAGUGUGGGUCGGUGAGGGAGCAAAGAAGGUGAAAAGUAAUCCAGUGUGGGGGACAAUUGGCAGUGGAACACAAAAUGUCCAGAAGAUGGUGGUUGACAGUUCAUUAUGGGGGAAGGUGGGAGCUCGUGCUGCACAUGUGUCCAAACUAGUGGGAAAUAGAGUUCCCAAGGUGGUGGUGGAUGGUUCUGCAUGGGUGGGAUCUGGAGCAAAAGCUGCAGCAGCAAGUCCCAUGUGGGAAAAAGUUGGUUCAGGGGCCAAACUAGUGGCAGACGGAUCCAUGCGUGUCGGAGCCGGGAUUGGAGCCGGGGCAAAGAAUCUGGCACAGAGUCCUGUGUGGGGGCAAGUAGGAUCUGGGGCCAAAACUGGAGCUAAACUGAUGGCAGACGGUUCUAUGCGAGUUGGAGCUGGAAUUGGUGCUGGUGCAAAGAAGGUGGCACAGAGUCCAGUGUGGGAGAAGGUGGGCUCUGGGGCCAAAGCUGGGGCCAAAAUGGUGGCUGAGAGCUCAGUAUGGCAGAAAAUUGGGACUACUGCUAAACAGGUGCCCAAGGUAGUCAUCGGGGGUGCAUUGUUGGGUCUGCUGCUUGGUGUAUUUUUGGGGGGUGUCAUCGGCGGAGCUGUCGGUGCAGCCGCUGGAUCCGUGGCAACUGAAGUGGGCAGACGAAAACUCAACAACAAAAACACUUUACAAGAGACAGAUGAAGCUGCUAAAAAUGUGGAGAGAACAGUGAACGACAGCGUGGACUCGCUGGUAAAUCAAAGAGAGAAAUUACUGAAAACUGAGUGAACGACUUAAUGGGGUUUGUGUAUUAACUGUAAAACAAAUGUAAAAACAUCUAUUUGUUGCAAAUUACUAACAUCAGAAUGCAUAAUUCAAAAAUAGUGGCAAAUAUUUUUUGCUUUCAUUUUGACAUCUCAGUGAUCUUUAAAACAGACACUUUUCCUUUAGUCUUUUCUUUCUUUCUUCACCAAAAUGUAAGUGAAAGAGUUCAUUUAAAAACGCAAAUCAGCUGCUUUAUAAACAAACAUCUUAAGAUGAUUCUUGACUUCAUUUUUAUUCCAAUAUUUGCAAUUCAAGGUGAAUUUAAACUUAAUUUCUGUAAGUCUUUCAGCAGGUUAUAUUAGACAUAUACUGUACAGUUCAGUCACUCAGCACUUUCUCCUAAUACUUUAAUCUUCUUCAGUGCUUAAUUAAAAAAAAAACAUUCAUGA